GAGCGGUGCCCCGGUACCAUCGGCCGGUGGCUGCGGCCCUGCGGGGUCCGUGCGCAUGGCGCCGGCCUCCUGGCGAGGGCGGUGACCGGCGUGGGGGGGGCGGGCGGGGAGGCCUCGAGGGCACGCGGAGCGCGGCCCGGGCACAGCCGCCGCCAUGUCGUGUGUCAAUUACAGCAGCCUGAACCGGGCGCAGCUCACCUUCGAGUACCUGCACACCAACUCAACUACCCACGAGUUCUUAUUUGGUGCCCUUGCUGAACUUGUGGAUAAUGCCAGAGAUGCAGAUGCCACAAGAAUAGACAUUUAUACUGAACAACGAGAAGACCUGAGAGGUGGAUUCAUGCUGUGUUUUUUGGAUGAUGGAACUGGAAUGGAUUCAAAUGAAGCUGCCAGUGUUAUUCAAUUUGGUAAAUCAGCCAAGCGAUCACCGGAGUCAACUCAAAUUGGGCAGUAUGGGAACGGCUUGAAAUCGGGUUCCAUGCGGAUUGGGAAAGACUUUAUCCUUUUCACAAAGAAAAACAACACCAUGACUUGCCUUCUCUUGUCACGGACAUUCCAUGAGGAAGAAGGCAUCGAUGAGGUCAUUGUUCCACUGCCCACCUGGAAUGCACAGAGCCGAGAGCCUGUGACUGACAACAUGGAGAAGUUUGCUAUUGAGACAGAGCUAAUCUACAAGUAUUCCCCUUUCAAAUCAGAACAGCAAGUGAUGGAGCAGUUCAAUAAGAUCCGUGGUGAGAAAGGCACCUUGGUGAUCAUAUUUAACCUCAAGCUAAUGGAUAAUGGAGAGCCAGAGCUGGAUGUGACUUCUGACCUCCAAGAUAUUCAGAUGGCAGAAACACCCCCAGAGGGAACAAAGCCUGAGCGCCGUUCCUUCCGUGCCUAUGCUGCUGUGCUCUAUAUUGAUCCUAGAAUGAGGAUAUUCAUAAACGGACACAAAGUACAAACCAAGCGACUUUCCUGCUGCUUGUACAAGCCAAGGAUGUACAAAUAUACUUCAAAUCGUUUCAAGACCCGUGCAGAGCAAGAGGUGAAGAAAGCAGAGCAUAUGGCAAGGAUAGCGGAGGAGAAGGCUCGAGAAGCAGAGAGUAAAGCUCGUGCACUUGAGCUGCGCCUGGGGGGGGAUCUUACACGGGAGUCUAGGGUGACAUUACGUCAAGUCCAGAACUCUGCAAUAACCAUGCGCCGGGAGGCUGAUGUAAAGAAAAGGAUUAAGGAAGCAAAGCAGCGGGCAUUGAAGGAGCCAAAAGAACUGAAUUUUAUUUUUGGUGUGAAUAUUGAGCAGCGUGAAUUGGAUGGCAUGUUCAUUUAUAACUGCAGUCGGCUGAUAAAGAUGUAUGAGAAGGUGGGCCCACAGCUGGAGGGUGGCAUGGCAUGUGGUGGAGUAGUAGGUGUAGUGGAUGUGCCCUAUUUGGUUCUGGAACCAACCCAUAAUAAACAAGACUUUGCUGAUGCCAAAGAAUAUCGACACUUGUUGAAGGCCAUGGGAGAGCAUUUAGCUCAGUAUUGGAAAGAUGUAGCUAUAGCCCAGAGGGGUAUCAUCAAGUUCUGGGAUGAAUUUGGUUAUUUGUCAGCAAACUGGAACCAGCCUCCAUCUAGUGAACUGCGCUACAAACGCCGAAGAGCCAUGGAGAUUCCUACCACGAUUCAGUGUGAUGUGUGUCUGAAGUGGCGAACACUCCCAUUCCAGAUGAGUUCAGUGGAGAAGAAUUACCCUGAUAGCUGGGUAUGCUCUAUGAACCCCGAUCCUGAACAAGACAGAUGUGAAGCUGCAGAGCAGAAGCAGAAAGUACCACUAGGAACUCUGAAGAAAGACUUGAAAUCACAAGAGGAGAAGCAGAAACAACUGACAGAGAAAAUCCGCCAGCAGCAGGAAAAACUGGAAGCUCUGCAGAAAACCACUCCAAUUCGAUCUCAAGCUGACUUGAAAAAACUGCCUCUGGAAGUGACUACACGGCCUGCAGGGGAGUCACUGACUCGACUUCAGCGCCCCCGAUCUCCUCCUUUACCCGAUGUAAUUAAGAAUGCUCCCAGCAGACCACCACCAGCUAUGCCUCUUCCCAGGUCUGUCAGUCAGCUGAAAAAGAGCUCUCCAGCUUGGCCAACUGUUAGCUCUCCUAAAUUGGCAAGCAUUCUCUGCAAGGAGGAGGCCAGUACUUCCAGGACACACCACCAUACUGUGACAGCUGGGAAGUCUAACAGCACUUCAAAAACUCUUGCCAAAACAGCUACAACAACAAAACCAUCCACUGCUGUCCUGCAGAACCCCAAAAGCCCACGUGAGAUACCCAGCUCAAAAACUGCCAAGACACCAGCAGUAAAGAAAUCUGCCACUGUCAAAUGCCCACAGGCCUCCACAACCCGGAAGAGGACCUUAUAUACCACAGAGGAGGUGUCUGAGGAGGAAGGGGAGUAUAAGAAGGAGAAGACAAAACGGGGCAAAUUUGUGGCAGUGAAAGAGGAGAAGAAGGAUUCCAGUGAGGUCGUGGUAGAGCUCACAGAUAGUGCAGGAGAAGAAGAACUAGCAGAACUGAAGAAAGCUCAGAAAGAUAAAGGGCUACAUGUGGAAGUGCGUGUAAACAAGGAGUGGUUCACAGGCCGUGUCACAGCUGUGGAAAUGGGCAAGCAUGCAGUACGCUGGAAGGUGAAGUUUGAUUAUGUUCCUACAGACACCACACCAAGAGAUCGCUGGGUAGAGAAGGGCAGUGAGGAUGUGAGACUGAUGAAGCCUCCGUCUCCAGAGUAUCAGACUCCAGAUACACAGCAGGAAGAGGGGGUUGUUGUGGCUGAACCUUCUACCUCAGACUGUGUCAGAAUUGAGCCAGACACCACUGGACCUAGCAGUAACCAAGAAACAGUAGACUUGCUAGUUCAAAUCCUUCGGAAUUGUUUGCGAUACUUCUUGCCUCCAAAUUUUCCUGUUUCCAAGAAGGAGCUGAGUUCCAUGAGUUCAGAAGGGUUGCUGGCAUUUCCCUUGAAAGAAUAUUUCAAACAGUAUGAAGUGGGUCUGCAGAACCUGUGCAAUUCAUAUCAGACACGUGCUGAUGCCCGGGCCAAAGCCUGUGAAGAAAGCCUGCGCAACUCAGAGAGAAAGCUGAAGGAGACUGAGGAGAAACUGCAGAAGCUGAGGACUAACAUUGUGGCUUUGCUGCAGAAAGUGCAGGAGGACAUUGACAUUAAUACAGAUGAUGAACUGGAUGCAUAUAUCGAGGACUUGAUCACAAAAGGAGACUGAAUGACCCCAUUAUACAUCCUAGGGAAGUGCAGAGGAGCUGGUUUCUUCUAUGGAGAUGUGGAUUCCUGCAGUGGAGGACUAUGACAGCUGAGAGGAGAGGGUUUUUAGACAGUACUUCCUUUGUAUUGGUGUACAACUCGUUCUUGUGACUUUACAUGAAAAAGACAUUCGUGCUUUUGGCAGGAAAGUUUUUAA